UGUUUGAUUGAAUGGAUGUUAUAGGACAGAGGUAGUGAGUCAGACUGAUAAAGAAAAAGGAACUACAAUAUUUAUUGUUAUGUAUUCACUCGUUUAUUUUAUCAUUAUUCGAUUUUAUUCAGCAGAGGGGGGCAGAUUUUGUCCCAAGGAGCUCCAUUUGGGAAACUUUUCACAGUUAAAUAUAAUGUAUUCUUUUUUAACUGUUGGUAGACAGCUGCAGUGUAUGUAAUCCUUAUUCAUGGGUUUAUAUUUUAAAAAGACUCAAAUUAACCCAUUUAUGUAUUGUUUGCCCCCUGUUGCAGAAAGAUACUCACAAAAUGUACAACUCCCAAAGUUUAAAGUUUAAUUUCCAUCUUUUAAUUGGCUAAAGAGGGAGACAUACUGUAUCAUUUACUCUACUGGAUAAAGGUUUCCAGUAAGCUUAUUUCAUUUCACUUGGAAAGCUCUGGAGCUUCAUAUGGUGCUCUGCUCGCUAAGCCUCUUAGGAAUCACGACCACAGCAGAUGUAGGGAGAAUGCCAAUCAGGAGCUCCUGCUGAGCGGAGAAACCCGACGGCGGUGCCACUGCGCGCUUCGACUCUCCGCCACCGUUCACAUGAAACACACCUAAGUAUCGUUUGGCGCUUUGUGUUUGCAGUUUACAAACCUAAACAGCAGCAGAAACACAGCCAUGCUUCCUCAGGAUGUCGGGAAGCAGAAGCCACGCCGGGUGUCGGAACCGGUGUGCGGAGAAGACUGUCCCCCGGCCCCGCCUCGGCGCUUAAAGAACCGGGACUUCCCUCUGAGCGUGAAACGCCGGCGGUCCGGCUCCGCACCUGAGCGCAAGGUGAACUGCGUCCUGGUUGGAGACGGAGCGGUGGGCAAGACCAGCCUCAUCGUCAGCUACACCACCAACGGAUACCCGACAGAAUAUGUUCCUACGGCGUUUGACAACUUUACCGUGAUGGUUGUGGUUGACGGAAAGCCAGUGAGACUGCAGCUCUGUGACAUGGCUGGACAGAAAUGGGGGCUGCUCGAUGGAUCAAUCAAUGACGAGCUGGAGCGCCUCCGGCCCCUAUGCUACAAGAACGCUGAUGUCUUCCUCCUCUGCUACAGCGUAGUCCGCCCCUGCUCUUUCCGCAACUUGAUCGAAAGGUGGGUUCCUGAGAUCCGUCAGCACUGUCCCGGCGCGCCCCUGGUCCUCGCUGGCACCCAGCUGGACCUGAGGGAGGAUGUCCAUGUGCUGAUUCACCUGGCACAGAACCAGGAGCAGCCGGUGGGCACCGAGGAGGGCCAGCGGCUUGCCCAAGAGCUCGGGGCAGUGAGCUUUGCCGAGUGCUCGGCGCUGACCCAGAAGAACCUGAAGGACGCUUUUGAUUCAGCCAUCUUGGCCAGCAUCCAGCAGACAGAUAGUUGUAGCGUCCAGCAGCAGAGGCUGACUCUGAGGAAGAAGACGCCCGAUAAGAUCAAGAGCCUCUCGGAGACCUGGUGGAAGAAGAUCAACUGUCUGAUGGGAGAGCAGAGCUGUGACUUCAAGUGAACAGUUGCAUAGUUACAAACCUGGGUCAGAUCAUGUUUGCAAAUACUUGGUAGAUUUGGUUUGUUUCAGCCUGCUGACAGAAGCCACACAGGACAGAAAUGCAGGUUUGUGCCUCACAAGUUGCCAGUUCAAAUCCUCAGACUGACAGGGAAAGUGUGGACACACAUGAAGGUCAGUUUACUUGUAACAAGGACUACUACACAGCCUGUGAAAACAGUUCUGGUAGAAUCUUUUGAAAGACUGACAGUUGCUCACUUGCAUAAGACGUUAAAUUUAUAGUGAAAAGUCUUGGUUACAAACUGGGAGUGUAGAGUUUGAAAGCAGUGGCUAUUUACCAGGCAGGGAGGUUCUAAUAAGAGAUGAUUUUGAGUUGCAUUUUGGGAAGUGUCGUAUCCAGAGAUUUUAGAUUAAUUUUAGCCGAAGGGGCUUAAAGUCAGGAUAUCUUGGCUUCUACCGCUUUGAUAUUUACCGUUCUCUUUUUUAAGUCCUCCAACUUAACAGAAGUACAAUAUGUAAUUGCUGGAGUAAACCUUUAACACGCAUUAUUGCAAUGCUCUAAACCGUCAACUGCUGAAUAACACUGUUUGAUACUGUGGCUGUUCUGGUCUGCAGAUUCAGAUGAGUCUAGUACAAAGAAAAGGUUAACUGAUUCAUUUGAGUACAAAAAGCUUCUAAGAUUAAAUCAAGACGGUGACAUAUUCAAUAACCCUAACCCAUUGUGCAAACUACUGCUUUAAAAGUACAGAAUAUGAAUGCACUUUCUAUAUCAUCAGCCAAUCCUGCAUGCUCUCUAUUAAUGAAACACCUUACACAUAAAAUGAACUUUACGCUGCUGAUCGCCUGAAACAGAGAACUGCUGGCAUUUGAAGCAGGGCGAUAAGCCGAUCUUAGGCUUAGACUCUAUCAUUAUAAGGAUUUUAGGUUAGAAAACCACAGGAAACCUAAGAGGGGUUUCCGUGUUUGCUACCCGACCUGAUUCUUUCCGAAUUUGUCCUGAUGUGGGUAACCCCACCCACCUGAGGCUCGUAGGAGGUUAGAAACAAACCCCACAAAUGCUAUCAGACCCAGGUUUGGUUUGAUGCAAGGAGUCCAACAGGCUGAAGGAGAUCUAAACUUGGUUUUUGACUCAGUGUGUGCUGUUUGUCACUUUACACCCCAACAUUACUGGUACUUUGUUUGACUGUUAGUUUGUAGGUAAUUUAUUUAUUUAUUCAUUCAUGGUUAUUUUCAUUGCCAUCAUUGAUCAUGGAAUAUGCUCAGAAGCCUUGAUUAAAGUUUAUGACAACUUUAUUCAAGAUCAUUUCAUUUAACAAAAGGAACAUUUCAAGGGUGAAGAACGAAUAUCGGUGAGAUAUUUGCAGUGAUUCAGGGAACUACAUCUAUCUGUAAAAAAUAUGCAAACACUUGAGCAGCCUUCGCCUGCUUCUUCAGUGCACUUGUUCUACAACUUCUUCUCUUGAUCCAUCACCGGAAAAACACAGGACAUGUUGGCAGGUUAAUAGGGAUCAAGUGCCGCUGAUUGUCUCAUCAGCUCUCUGAUCCUCCUGACCACCUACUGACACAGCUCAACCAGAUUUAGAUGGACUUGCAUGCAUAAAAAUGCAUCCUUACCUCAGAUACAAUUUUGGAGUCAGGCAGUCAGAGGCAGAGCGUAUCCUGGGUGAUUUUCCUGUAAUCUCGGGGUAAACAGAAUAUCACCACUUUGCUCGGAUUUCCUCUCUGAUUCAGAGUCGGCCUGGUGGAGACUCCUCUGGUCGCAGGCUCCUCUAACAGGAGCAGACAGGACCACCUGGACUGGAUUAGACCAGCAUAUGGAGCCUGAUUCUCUCAACACGGCAUCUCACACCUUGAAAAGGCAGGAGAGGCAGAUUCCUCCACCUUCAAAGGUUUAUCUAGAUCUUAUGUGCAACCUGUAAGUAUGGAACAUUUAUUUAUAGCACUUCAGGUUUCAAAUGACUUUACACACACGCAAAUUCAGAGGACACUGCAUUGACUUACAUUGAUUCCCUGGAGACUCACCCUAACCUAAAAUCAUAACCACUACAUACCUACCGCCAACCCCUUCCCUAACUUUAACCUUAAACUAAGAUAAUAUUGGAUGAUUUAAGUUGUUGAGACAUGCAUUUCUUUCCCCAAAAGGGGACAAGACCCAAUAAUGUGACUGUAUAAACAGAUUUUAGUACCCACAUAAGUAAGACACAUCCAUGAACUUCACUAAACUAUACCAUACAAUCGGAUUUAUUAGUCUAAUGAUUAUGAAUGUGUACUUGAAGUACAUUAUAGGACAUCUCAUACAAAGUACUGUACUGUAAAAAUUUGGUUUGGCCUUCUACAGACUGUGUGAUAAUGACAAAAAAUGGCCAUCAAAGUCAUUGUGAAGAAAGUUUUUUUUGUGAUGUAUGUUGCAAAGCAAAAGCGUGUAGAGUAUAUUGGUUUAACUCUUAAGAAACAGUCAUCCGCAUCAUGUCAACUUCCUUGGUUUUAUGUAAUUUUCAGCACCACUCUGUCCAGAGACAUUACAGGAGAAGACAGGGUAAGUUUAACAGGUGACCUCCCUUAACCUGGCCUAAAUUCCCUCAGAGUUACAAACAGCUUGAGAGAUUUUACAGGCAGGUGCGGUUACCUCUCUGAGCAUCUGGCUACUCCUACUGAUCACCUCAGGUCUUUCAGUCACUGAAGGAGUGUUCAUAUUUUAAACAGCGGAUCCUUCUGACUGAAAAAACUGUAAGAGGCCUAACCAUUACCUGCAUACAUAUUGUACGGUAUGUUUACACCAAUUCAUGUUUCCAUUCAUCUACUUCUAGUUUGGUUUAUUUAUUUAUUUAUGUAUGUGCUAAUGAAACAAUUAGAAAUUUAGGAGUCUUUUGUAAGAUGUAGACCAUUGACUGUUUGAAUUACAUUUUAUUUCUGCUCUUUGCUAUAAUAAAUCCAAUUAAGGAAGACUGGAAGAAUCAGA